AAUCAGGCAGCCAUUGCACUCAAAUGGUAAAUGCUUUGUUGUCCUUCAGCUACUAAACGUGUGCCAAUAAUUUCAGAAUUGUGUGGAGGCUUUUGAUAUGUUAUAUUAUAAGCACAUCUAGCAUAUUUGUUAAUUGAACCUUAUCUGGAAGAAAUUAAUGAUCAUCUACAGUUUUCCAUGGAAACCGAUAAUGAAAACAACCUUGAGCAAAAAGGGGUGAUUGGCAAAGACAAUAUGAUAGAAAUCAGCAGCAAAAUCUGGCUCGUUGGGUUGACUGGUAGUGGCAAAAGUUCAACCGGAAACACAAUCCUUCACGGCGAAAGAUUUUCUCUCCGCUCGAAUAAAAUCAGCGUUAAGUCAGACUUGGUGUUUGGUGAACCUGUCACAGUUAUAGACGGCUCAGGUAUAGGGGACAGUGCUGAAGACUUGCAGGUGGACAUGAAAACACUGGUGGAAAAUGUCGAGAAAGUUUUUAAUAAAACUCUCAAUGGAGAAUUCGCAGCGCUGGUGCUUGUUCUUAAAUUUUGUGACCGGUUCUUGAAACAACAUAGGGACUGUGUUAAGACCAUCAAGGCUAUUUUUGGAGACCAUGUAUUUAAAAAGUGUGGGGUUAUUGUAUUAACUUAUGGGGAAAUCUUUGAUAAAGAAGAUAAUAUUGGGACAUUUAUAGAGUGGUGUUUGAGACAGGGUGGGGAUUUCAGAAACCUGUUGAUUGAGUGUGAAUACAGGUGUGUUUUGUUCAACAACAAAGCCCCGUAUAAAAAACAGAAGAAGACGAUGGUCGCUCAAUUAAUGAAAUGCAUUGACAACGUUAAAUCCUACGGUGAAGAAGAUUUUCUUCAAGCUGAAGUCGGACGUGAGAAACUAAAACAAGAGGGAGACAUUGGAGCUUGGGACCAAGAUGGACUUAAACAAGAGGGACUUAUUAGAUCUUCGGACAACAAGGAUACCCACCAAAUUAUUCUUAUUGAGGGAAGUACUGAACAACAUCAUCAGCCAUGCUUAACACUAAACGAGCGUAUCGUUAUAUUCUUUUUUAUAAUUCUAAUUAAGCUACUGGUGUUUUUGAUUGUAUUUUAUACAUACUAAGUAAAGUAAAGUUCCCUUUUCAAAGCUGUCGGUCUAUAGGGCAACUGAAGUAGAGUUCACUAUUUUUUGUGUUCUGGGCAUAUGAAGAAAUAGUAUGGUCAGCACUACGCCCAGCCGCUUUUACUUUCCGUAACGUUAGUUAGGUACCCAUCAGAGACGGUAUACUGACUUGAACACGGAUUCGAACUCGAGACAUACUGGUUAGCAGUCCAGCUCUCAACCGCUAGACCACACCUAUCACUAAAACUGAAUUACUUUUAGCACUGUAUUAUUGUCAUCCGACAAGUUAGCGAAAC